AUGUCGGUGCGCGUUGUUGCCAGAAUCCGGCCACUGCUUGAAAAAGAGCUCGGCAAGGAUGUUAUUGUGCGGCCGGACCGCGUCGAGGAGGGCAAGCCCUUCACUGUCGUCAAGAUCCCGAACCCCAAGAACGAGACUGAAGAGUUCUCGUUUGCCUUCAACAGCGUCUACGAUCAGACCACUACCCAGGAGGAGCUGUUUACAGCCGAAGUGGCCCCGCAUAUAAAGGCUCUCUUUCAAGGCUUGGAUCUGACGAUUUUUGCCUAUGGCGUCACGGGGACCGGAAAGACACACACCAUGCGCGGCGGCCUCCGGCUCGCGGACCGCGGCGUGAUCCCGAGGCUGCUGAGCAACGUGUUCCGCAGGGGAAAGAAGUUGAUGAAAGACACGAAUGGACGGACGACGGUCGAUGUGGCGCUGUCGUACUACGAAAUCUACAACGACAAGGUUUACGAUUUGCUCGAACCGCCGGAGAAGCGGACCGCAGCCGGGCUUCCCCUCCGCGAGAAGGAUGGGAAGACAAUCGUGGUGGGCCUGUCGGAGCGAUCGUGCGGGGACCUGAAGGACUUCGAGCGGCUGUACAUCGAAGCCAACAACAACCGCGUCACUGCUGCCACGAAGCUGAACGCCCACAGCAGCAGAAGCCACGCCAUCUUGCGGGUCAAGGUGACGCAGACGACCGGCGACGUGGUCAAGGAGAGCACGGCAUCCGCCAUCGACCUGGCCGGCUCGGAAGACAACCGUCGAACGGACAACGGCAAGGAGAGGCUGGUGGAGUCGGCAGCGAUCAACAAGAGCCUCUUCGUGCUGAGCCAGUGCAUCGACGCCAUCUCGCGCGGCGACAAGCGCAUCCCGUACCGGGAGUCCAAGAUGACGCGCAUCCUGUCGCUGGGACAGAACAACGGCAUCACCAUCAUGAUCCUGAACCUCGCGCCGGUCCGCAGCUACCAUCUCGACACGCUCAGCAGCCUAAACGUCAGCUCCCGCGCGAAGCGCAUCGAAGUGCGCGAGAUCGAGAACGAAGUCGUCUUCAAGCAGCCUCCCCGCCCCAAUGCCGCACUUGGCGGGGCUAACAUCCAGCGCCAGCCGCUCAGGCCCCUCCAUAACGCCCACAACGUCCACACGGGCGCCCUCGCGGCGAAGGCGGCUGAGAAGGCCGAAAAGCCCGACAAGCCGGCCAAGGCAUUCUCUGUUUACCCCGACAAGAUGCCUGCCGCAUCAACGGCGCGCCCUGCGGUCACGACCGCAAACACGUCGCAGCCACGGCAGCCGGCCCUUACCAAGCGAGCGUCCGAGGCUGCCGACGGGGUGUCAUCGCGACCAUCGAAGCUUGCCCGGCCUGCGCCGCCAUCCCUUCUCCGUCCUCCACAACCGGUAGCUGCAUCCUCGGGACAGCAGCAGCUGUCCAUCACAGCGGAGCAGAUCGAGGCCAUGGUGGAGAAAAAGGUGGCAGAGAUCCUCGCCUCCCGCCUCGCCGAAGCCACCUCGGCACCACAACCCCAAACGGCCCCGGAAACUUCCGCGGCAGCCCAGCACCAGCACGACAUCAGCGAGGAGGUCAAACGCCGCCUCGAGGCCCUGGAAAGGCGCAUCGAGAGCGAAGCCCGGCACGACGACAGCCGAUCGGAGGGGCUGCGCCUGCUGCUGCAGGCCCGGCAGGCGAAGGAGAGCGGAGACGACGAGUCGGCGCUGCGCUUCUACGAGAGGGCGCUGCCGUACUUCCCGGGGCAGGCCAGGCUGCUCGGGAAGAUCGAGCGGUUGAGGGUGAAACUGGGCAAGGCGGACACGGCGCAGCCUGAAAAGGCCGCGCCGCGCAAGGCCAGGAGACAGCGGAAGAGCAGGGGCGACAAUGAGGACGACGACGGCGAUGGCGAUUACCAGGAGGGCACCGAGGCCGACGUCGAGGAUGACGCGGCGGACGAGAAGCCGGCGCGGGCGAGAGCGUCGCGCAAGAAGACGACGACGACGUCGUCGCAUAAGACGAGCGCCGGGGAGGGGGAGGAGUCGGCCUUUGAUGAUCCCGCGUCGCCGCACGCGAAGCGGUUGCUGGACAUCGUCAACUCGCGCGACCCCGCGCUGAUCAGGAGCCUGCACGGCUUUGGCGCCAAGAAGGCGCAGGACCUGGUCGACUAUCUGAACCUUAGGGGGCACGACGGGUCGGGCCGCGUCGAGUCCCUCGCGCAGCUGCGCUUGCUGCCGGGCAUGGGAGGGAGGACGGUGGAGCGGGCGUAUGAGGGGCUCGUGGCUGCUUCGAACGGUCGAAGCGGCCCGUGA